AUGAAGGCGGAUAAUAUGUUUGAUUUGAUCGAUAAAACGAAUAAUAAAAUUUAUGGAAAACUAUUAAACGCCCAUGACGAAAUUAUCAAGCAGAACAAUAUAGCACCUUAUAAAUACGCAUUCCCCGGUAUGGACGGCAUCGCAUCAACAUACAAAGAUUUCACGAUUAACAUAAUCCUCGCACAAAUAAACGCACCACCUAAAUAUCUCACAAAUUUAAAGAAAAAUAGGAUUGUGCCUGACAUUGCCAAUGCAAAGAAACUUAAAGAUGUAGGCACUGAUUGA